CUUCUCUAGGAAACAUUAUAGGACUUCAAGUUGAUCUUAGAUGGAGGAUUUGCCGAGUGAUUCAUCAUCUUCUUACGAUCGUUUUGAAGAUCAUGAGAAUGGGGACUCUGGUGAUGAUAUUGCAGAGGAUUCAUUCAAUUCUGGUUAUACCGAUGAUUCAGAACUCAAAACCAUGACCGCAAAGGGGAUAAGUCGUCUUUGUUCCGAGCUCCAGGAGCUAAGAAGGAAAUCAAGUGAAGAUUUUCAACGAAGCAUUUCUUCAAACUAUUCUGCAUUUAUCGGAAUUUUCAAAGAAGCUAGGGACCUGGAGAAAGAACUGAUGGAACUGGGACAUCAUGCAUCAACACAGCGGAAGCUCGUGAAAGACCUAACAAACAAUAUCUAUAUAGAGGUCUUAUCCGAAGAGACAGUGGAAGCUAUCAUUGGAGAAACUGUAGAUGUGGAGCCGCAUCCUCUAUCCAAGCUAGAGAUCUACACCAAUAGUAUCUCGGAGAUUUUGGAUUCUCUUCUCGUAGAGCACAGAGUAGAUGAAGCUUUAGUUAUAAUCGAGGAUCAACCUGAGGUUUUACGAUCCUUGGAAGAUGAGGAUGAGUUCCCACCACAGGCCUUGCUAUUCUUUGAUUCUGCAAUAUCUGAAAGGAGGUUUAGGCUUGCAGAGCAAUUGGCCCAAGUAGCUGAACACCCAAGAGUAUGCGCACCUGAGUUUUACAAAGCAUUAUCUGGACUUUGCAGGCUUGAAGACAGUCAUCGAACACAUUUAUUAUUGCUCAAAAUUUUUCAUUCCAAGCUUGCCUCCAGUAUUCGAGAGUUACAUUUUACAAAACCCUUUUUGCAUGGAACAUAUGGCAAACAAUUGGUAAAGUUGGUGUUUACUUUGAUUUCCCAAGCAGCAAGGAGCUCUCAAUCUAUAUUUGGUGAGACAUCCCCUUAUGCUUCAGAACUUGUUCAAUGGGCCCGAGAAGAAAUUGAGGCUUUUGUUCAUGUUUUUAGUAAGUAUGCAGUGUCCAUCUCAGAGACUACAGGUGGGCUUGAUUUGGCUUUAGAAGCCAUGGAGCUAGCAUUGUCUUGUUGCUCUUUGCUGGAAUCUGAGGGAAUAUAUUUAUGUCCUUAUUUGAUAAAAAAUGUUCGCCCAUGCAUGAAGCGCGCAUUCAAUGCACAUAUGGACCAUUAUAAAAAGGUUAUUGCCAUUUUUGCAGCUAAUGAUGGGUGGGUCCUUGGAACAUUUCCCAUUUCAGGAAUUCUUGAACAACAGUUCUCUGACAUGGAUAAUGCAGACAAUUUGGAGUUUUACUUGCUUACUAGCAGUGGACGCAAGUUUGUUACAAUGAUUCAGAGUAAUAAGCACCUGUUGCACCUUCUUUUUUAUGUCCAGGCCAUUAUGGAAGAUGCAUUCCCAUUGGUUACAAAUUUUCAAAUGGAAAAUCCAAUCCUUGAUGGACUUGCUGAUCUCUUCUAUUUGUAUAUUGACAUCCUUAGAAGAGCCAUUUCAAUCAAUAGAGAUACUAUUGAAAGAGGGGUACAGAGAUUUAAUCCUGCAAAAACACUAUCCCAACAGCUUUCUCUUUUGGCCAAUUCAUUAUCACUUACCACCCACGUCUUCCUAAACAUUGCUACAAAUAAAUUUGGGUUUACCAAAUUAUUUGAUGAGGAUUGCCCUGAGAAGAAAGAGAUUUCUAAUUGGAUGACCUCAAUUCAGAAAGCAUCAGAUCAACUUAUUGACUAUUUUUGUCAGCAUUUUGUGGAUAAGGUUAUGUCUGCUAAUGAUAUUGGAGUAAGGUUGGAUUCGGGUAGCUAUGUUAAUGUUGAGGGUGAAGGCGAGUCUUUGGAUGAAGAUUUAAUGCCAUCAUCUGCUUUCCAGGCCUUUUUCGUUGAACUUUCUGAACUUGAGGAAGUUGCUGUUGAUCUGUUUAUUGGGAUGGAUGGGAUGAUGGAGAAGUUAUUGGGGAAGGUAAUGGAGAACCUUCUAAUUUGGGUUUCUAAUCAUCAUGAAAUUUGGUCGGAAUUUGAGGAAGGCUCCGUUACAUUGAGUUCUAAUGGCUUCAAACAGUUUGUUUUAGACAUGCACUUUUUGCUAGAACUUUCAAAUUCAGGAGGGUACUCGUCAAGUGAUAUAACUCAGUCUGUGAUGUUGCAAAUCACUCGUUUGGAAAGAGCGUUCUCUGCCACUGAGUUGGACUCCUACAGUGGUCUAGAGGACGGUUGGGCUGAAAGAGUUGCAAAAGAAGCUAUCGAGAAGCUGAGAGAACUGAGGAAUUUGGGACAAGCGCCUUGGUUUAAACCUGAGUCUGGCAUCGACGAACCUGACACACUGAAUAAUGGAGAUACCAAUGAUUCACUUGAGAGAAGUUUCCUGGUUGGAGAUGCUUAUGAUGCAAAUGAAGAGUUUGAGAGAAGUUCUUCAGAGAGAGAUGCUUCUGAUGCAGUUGAGGAGCUAGAAAGAGGUUCUAUAGAAGCAGAUGAUUAUUUGGAAGCUGAGGAGUCGGAGGGAGGUGCUUUGGAUAGAGAUUCUUACAAUGCAGUUAAGGAGUUAGAGGGAAGUUCCAUGAUCGACCAUGGCUGUGAGGGUGUUGAAGAGUCGGAGCGUGGGUCCUCGCAUCGAGAUGCUUGUGAGGCAAUUGAGGACGGGGAGAGAAGUUUGUUGGAUGAGAAUGAGCUUCAUGAAGAACGCAAAAUAUUGGGGGCAUGUGGAAAACAAAGUAGCGGGAAAUGUUCAGAAAUUGUCAACAUUUUGUCUGAUGAACAAUCGGUAGAGUUGCUUAUUGAAGGAAAUGUUAGUCCUGUGAAAAUGGAUGUUGUCCCUCCUAUGCAACCUCAAUAAUUUUCCUUUCUUUGUUCUUAG